GGCAGGCCGGGCCUCCCCCUCGCCCGAGGAUGACCGACGAGGGCUACGACUCCACUUGGGAGAGCGACGGCGAAGAGGAGAAGGCGGAGGGAGCCGGGGAGGGCGAGCAGCAGCCGCCCGGGCCCAACGGGAGCCCCCCCGGGCUUCAGGUAAUCGGUUCACGCAACUGGAGAGCAGCACGAGACAUGCAGAGAUACAGACAUGAAUAUCCGGACUACAAAGAUGAAGGUGAAAGUGACAUGGUUAAUCUGAGAUUUUACAAAAACGAAAUUCCAUUCCAGCCAAAUGGUGUACAUAUUAAUGAGAUUCUUAAGAACUGGAAAAAUGACUAUGACACAUUGGAGGACAAUCAUUCAUAUAUACAGUGGUUAUUUCCAUUGCGGGAACAAGGAGUGAAUUGGUAUGCGAAGCCCCUUACAGCUAGAGAAAUUCAGGAAUUCAGAAGUUCUGAUGAAGUUAUGAAAAGAUUUGUCCAAGCUUAUGAGCUCAUGUUGGGGUUUUAUGGGAUAGAACUGGUGGCUCCUGAAUUGGGAAUAGUGAAAAGGGCAAACAACUACCAGAAGCGAUUUCAGAACCUGAACUGGCAUAGUCACAAUAACCUCCGGAUAACUCGCAUACUCAAGUGUCUGGGUGAGAUGGGUUAUGAGCAUUACCAAACUAUUCUGGUCAAAUUUUUCCUGGAGGAAACCUUAGUUAAUCACCGUUUACAGAAUGUCAAGCAAAGUGCCUUGGAUUACUUCGUGUUCACAGUCAAAAACAAACAUCUUCGGCGAGAACUCGUUCACUAUGCAUGGGAGAAUUUUAAACCACCUAAUAAAUUUGUAUGGGGGCCUCUUCAGAAACUUCAGAAAUUUAAACCGCAGUCAUCUGUUUUUCAAUUGAGUGUGGAAGGAGAUGGUUCAUUUGACUCACAAAAUGAAGGCCCAGUGGAAAACCAAGCCAAAACUUCCAGGACAAAAGAAAUAGAGAGAAGUGGAGUGAUUUUACAGAAGGAUUCCAAGGAGAGGAGUUCAUUCUUGGCAGCAAGCAAAGGGAGUGGUCAGAGAGACCACCAAGAAGAGGAACUGGAUGCCCCUCACCCUGAGAAUGAGAAGGAUGAGAGUGGGGAAGCUCAAGACAGGGAGGAAAAGAGACUGGAGCCUGAGAAUCUAAAGGAAAGCAAGAAGAGGAAAUAUGAAUUGAAUAAAAUGGAAGAUGACCCAGUUGCCAAUCAAUGUCAAAGUUCUGACAUUGAGAAAAUAGCUCUCAACUUGAAAGAAUGUGCCCUUGAGCAGAGCAGUAGUGAGCAACCCAGCAGGCCUUGGAAAACCAUUUCUGAUGAAAAUGAAAUGCCCAGCACUGAGACAUUGGAAUACGAUAUGAUUGAUGAAGUAAGGAAAAAGCGGAAAGUUGACCAAGAAGGAUUAGAGAAAGUGCCUGUGGCCGCACUGGUUGAAAGUAGUGACCAUAAAGUAGGAUGCCUCCCCAGCAAUCUAGAAAGGACCAAUAGAGAUGUGAAAAAGGCAGAGGAAGAUGGUGACAAGCAUAUGGAAACUAAAAUCACUGAAGAGGCUGACGUGAAGCCCAAAACAUUAACUGCAGAUGCCAAUGCCCCCAUGAAUCUCUCAUCCGGCUCCUCCAGAAUCAUCAAGCCGGAUCUUCAAUCUGGCUCACGAGAUGGGCCUGCUGAAGAGGUAGAGACCCCUGGAAUCUCCCUCGGAGCAGAAGAUAAGGCAUCAGAGUCUGGAGUUGGGGCGCACUUGGGCAGAGAAUCUCCCCCUUCAGGGGCCUUCAACAAGGGUGAGAAGGACGGGGCAGGUGACGAUGCAGCUGCUGAAGUCAAGGCCUUCGGCCAGACGAAACCCUUGCUAAACAAAGCAAAGCAUCCUGAAAACCCAGAUAGAGAAGCCCUGCAAAGUGAAGGUGAGCCCUUAGGGAAUGAAGCAGAAAGCAUACUGCCAAAGUCCAGCAAAAUAAUUGAGGAACGGUACCAUGAUCUUGACUUCAAGGAAGAAGGUUCUACAGAAUUAUAAGAAACUUUCAAAAAAGCCUUUCCACAAACAGGUUUAUGGGAUGGACUGGCCGAGCCCAGCAGGUUGUAACUUUAAACAGAAAGGAUUUUCAAGGUGAGAGAAACAUAAAUAUGCCAUUGCCAUCAGCCUUUUUGGUCCUUCUGUUGCCUAUCCCCUCUGGCUCUUUUUUGCAAAAUCAAGAGCAAAAGAUUAGAGAGCAGUAUUAGCACCAUCCAAAAAGUUGCUCUCUUUGCAAGUGGAUGUUUAAAAUAACUUUCUAGUCAAUUUCAUGUUCUGCCAUAUUUGCUUAUUUUGAAAGUUGGCACAACAGUGAAGAGGGGAACCAACUUGUUUUCUCUCCAAGCAUCACCCGGGAAGUUCCCAGCUGCAGCUGAUCUAAGGCAUCCCUCUGAUUGAAACAUACACCUUCUGACAUUCGUCUCAAGUUUGAACUCCAUUGCUGCCGUGUCUAAGAAAAAUGGUACAGGAAACUAUAAGCUGUUGUUUUCGCAGUAAAUGACACUAAAUCCUCAUUUGGGAUAACUAUACUGAGUGAAUAUUUGACCACAUGUGCUCAUCUUAGCAAAGCCUUUUCCUUGGACUUUCUUCUCUGACCCUUUGCGGAGGGUGAAAGUGACUCAGCCUGAACAGGUCCUUUAUUAGUUACCCUUGGUAUCCAUUGUUGUAAGUAUUGAGUCCAUGGUUUAUUUUGAAGCUGAUAUUUCUCUUUUCUUUUUCCCUCCUGCCUCUAGGAAUUUUAAACAAAAUUUUCCACUCUUCCAUUAAUGUCCAGUACUCUUUCCUGGGUUUUAUGGAUUUGUUCAUUCUCAAGACCUGGAAUUGUUUUUCUGACUACUACAGCUUCUCACAAUAUUUGCACUGGGGAAAUAUCCCCCCCAGAAAAGGGCCAUAGCUGAGUCCCAGCCCCGUUACUGUUGCAGUGGGAAAGAGAAGGGGGUCCCUUGCUCUCAUAAAUGACACUGUUGUUAUCUGGUAUGACCUACUGUGGGCAUUCGCCUUUGCCAUUUGAAAGUUGUCCGUAGCCCACAGAAAGUCAUAAUCAGUUCUCAGGCAGGUGUUCCUGGGAAAACAAUUGAUUUUUGCUCUUUGUGUCUCAGUUCAGCCCUGUUGAUUUAAGGGCCCCUCCCUCCCCUCCCCUCAGUCUUCUUUGCCCCAGAGAUGUCACCAAAUAAAACAGAUUAACUGCCUUCCUCCUUUCCCCCUUUUGAUUUUUUGCAAAUGCCCCUUCUCCUUUAACUUUUCCAAGAUGAACAAAAUCCCUACUGUGACCCAAACCAAAAUGGGAGCAUGUCAAAGGCCAAACCAGGACUUAGAAAACUAAGAUUUGCUUUUCCAUCAAGUGACUGUGAGGGGCCUCUCCUCAUGCCUCCACCUCCCAUCUUCCCCACUACCUCUGUAUUGCAAAAUUGUGCUUCAGCUACCUCACAAAGUGGUUGUGCAGCCGAGGGAACGAGCAAAAAUCCCUUAGGAUCCUUGAAUGAAGAAGCAAAGCUGACCUGGAGUGCAUUUAUGUAACAGGAACUCUUGGUCCCAGGCAGGGUGCUGCCAUGGGCUCAGUCAUCAUGUCAUAGGGCUGGUCCAGUGCAGCCUGGGUUUGUGACUUUUCCUUUCGAACCGUGGCAUUUGAUGUGGCAAAGCUUUAUCUGUGCUGGAGUUGACUUUUUUCACCAGGGGUUUGCAUCCUAAAAUUGAUUGGAAAUGUUUUUGGGUUUUUUUUUUUUCGUGUUUUAAAGAUGCUUCCAUUCUCUGUUUUGGUUUUAACUGAGUUUUUGAAAUUUGUUCUGAAAGAAAAAAGGCAAUGAUUCCUGAAAGAACCUUUAACCACCUCUUCCCAAAUGUUUGCCCAUGAUGCACUCUUGACCUCUUGGUUCUCAUUUCGUUAUCAUUUUUAUUAGCAGUUUCCUCUGAAAAAUUGGUCUCUGCCCUCUUUCCUCAAGCAAGGUCAGUGACAUCGACUGAGCAAGACAUCCCGAUGGAUAGACACUAAAGUAUAUUUUUAAAAAAUAUGAUUGGAUUGUCUUUCCCACAGUUUGUUUGGGAGUGACUUCUUGAAUAUUUUUUUCAGUUGGUACUGUGAAACUAGACUCUCUUAAUAAAAGUGAGUUAAUUGCCA